UCUCGUAGUGCGUCGUUCAAGAAGAAUUUCGAAGGAUAGUUCGUCUAGACGUUUAAUUUGUCUUGUGCCCGAAGACGAAAUACAAAUGUUUGCCCAAGUUCGUCCAAAAGGAUAAUGCGUCUUUAGUAUAAAAACGGCGAGGACGCAUUAUCCUUCUCGACAGAUAAUGCGUCCUCUAGUAUAAAAGCGGCCAAUGCUGAAACGAAAUCGUUAUGAACGGUGAACGCAAAAUGUGAGAAACGAUUGGCUUAAUUAGUAGCUCCAUUAGGAAUUAUGUUCUAAGGACUAAUGAUGCUUUUAACACAAGAAGCGCUCUGUUCGAAGUGCCGGUGAAGUUGGAAUUUAGCAAUCAAAGCUUUUCUUUACUGGGUGUUUUAAUGUCCAAUUUCCAUUUGCUUUUUCCUUUCCUGAGUCAAACUAUGUACAGUUAUCUUACUAGCCACUGCAAGACGAAACAGUCAGUGACUUUCGUUGCUACCAUUUGCAUGUUUGGCUAUCUUCAUGCCUCGCUAUUGAUAAACAUUCUCACCACCCUAUUUUCUGUUGCAGUAAAACAAUGAAUGUGUGCCUGUUCCUGAUUGUUUUGGGGAUUAUCACCGUGCAGGGCGCACAGCCAGAAAACCAACAAGAGAAGUCCAUUAAUGCCAAGCGUUUUCGUGAGCCAGAACCUUGUGCACGUGUGAAAGGUGCGGAAUGUAUACCACGCCCUAUGGACUCAAAUGUGUGGCCCUGUCCCAGUUUUAUUUGCCCUAUGAACCACUGUUCAGGGCCCCAGUUGGCAGUGUGCUGCUGCCCUGGGAACGACUGGCUUGAUUACAAGUAGUAGGAAUAAAUUUGAUACUCUUGACGCGGGACUUGAUUGUGACCUUA